AUGGCAUCGCAGAACUCAACAUCUGAUCAACUCACGAUUCUAUUAUCAAUGGCCUUCAAUGAAACUUCCGCAGAGACCUCUUCAGCAGAUGAUGUGGAAUAUCUAUUGAAAAGUAACCUUGAUGGGCCAUAUCUGGUGGGUAAACAUGACGAUUGUGGUACUGUCAUAGUAAUUGUUAGAGCACCGAUCGACACUCAAGCAAGAACGGAGAUGACGAGUGGAUUGACUUGUCUUAACACGACAUGUGAUGAUUGCCCUCUCACAGAAGUCGAAUACUGUAGAUCCAAGAAAUCAGCUUCUUUGACUAAUGAUCUCUGGGUCAAUAGGUCAUUAUAUGAACACCCUACGGGAUUUACAGCGCAUAGUAUGACUCACAAGAUACCUAAAAGGGGUUGA